AUAAUAUAAAUAUGUAUCAAAUCGAUUAGGAUAUAUUAGUCAGGGAAGUAGUUUAAAUUAGAAACCAUAAGACAGGAACUUACUUGACUGCUACAGGGUUUAAUACUUAGGAAAAAGGAUUGUUGUUUGGAAGUACAGUCAAUAUCAAUAAUUAUUAUGUGGUCGGGAGCGAUGAUCCUAAUAACUAUUACACACUUUGGACUAUAGCAAAAUUGUUUGAUGACUCCAAUAGAAUCAAUUAUGGAGAUGUUGUAUAUUUUAAGAACCUGAGCACUAAGAUGUAUCUGAUAUACGAAUUUCAGAAGCAUUCAGAAGUUACUAAUUAAAUUAGGGUCUCCUUGAAUUAGACUAGAUUAGAAAAUUACCCUUUCAUAUUGCAAUAAUUGGGGGAGCAAAUAUUCGAAACAAAGAAUUAUGCAAUUUAGAAUGGUGUACCAUUGAAGAUCUAAACGACAAAGUUAGUUCAUUCUUUAGAGGCAUCACAACAGAAUUAUGCAUUUAAAUAAAUCAACUAAUUCAAGGAAAUCUCUUGUGGAAAAGGAAGUGAGUACAACAAUUGGGAAAUUAUUAAAUUGACUCCAGAGUAACUAAUUGAGUUUUAAAUUCCAAAAACAUGGCAAUUUACAAUGAAUAUAAAAGAAAUCUUGGCUAAUGAUAAAAUAAUAAUCAGAAAUUAUAAAAGUGGAUACUCUUUACAUUCUCACAAAAAUACAUACGCAUCUACUGGAAUGCAAGAAGUUACAUGUUUUAGUUAUGAGAGAGAUGGUAUGAUUAUUGAUUUAACAAGCAUAGUCAAUGAUUGGUGGGUGAUACAAUAAACUUAUCAGAUGGCAUAAAAGUAGAUCCAACAUCAAAUGCCUAUUAAUUUGAUUCAUCAAGAAACAAAGAAAUAUUUGUGUGUGGAUGAGAAAAACCUAGCCAAAUCGAAGAAUGGCAAUUAGGUUUAAGCCAUGUAAUCAUCAAUGCAACAAUCAUUUGUUAUUUCAAGUAUUUAUAUAAUCACUAUUUUAUAGCAAUUGAUAAUUAAUAAUUGAUGGUUGGUAAACCAUUCCUCUUUUUAUAUUAACCUAUGAAUAAAUACUUAUGUUAAGGACCAUCAUUAUCAGAAAUGCAAUCAACCUAAUAUGAAGUCAUAUUGACUGAUAAGCUAACAACUUCAUGUUUAUGGGUAGUUGAAAAAGUAUUUAAAUGAAUAUCAUAAUAUUUAUAAAAAUAAAAAAAUUGCAC